UAAAUAUGCUGUUUCUCCUUUUGUGCUCCCACAACUCUCUCUGAGGGAUUUUUGUGAUGCAAAGAGGAAACGUUUACAUGUACAACUGAAUGAUCACAACACUUCAAGAUUUAAGAUCCCAGUUCAGCAGAAUGGCAGACAUGUCAGUUGAGGAGAUGACAGCUAAAGCCAACCGUGUAACAAAUGAGUCACUUGAAAGCACUAAACGAAUGGUCCAAAUGACAAAUGAUAGUAUCAACGCUGGGGUCAAGACAAUGACUAUGUUAGAUAAGCAGGGAGAAACACUAAUGAAUGUGGAACGGGAAAUGGACCAGAUUAAGCAGGACAUGAAACAAGCUCGAAAAAACCUGAAUGAACUGUCCAAAUGCUGCGGCCUGUGUUUGUGCCCAUGUAACAGACUGAAGUCCACCGAGAGUGGCUGGAGAAAAAAGCAGGUCAGGGAACCAAAGGAAAGCAAGCAGAAGGUGCUAUCAAGCCAACCGACUGCUCUUCGCAAUGGGCAGGCCUCCACCGGCCCCUACAUCACGAGAAUAACAGAUGAUGAUCGAGAAGAUAAGAUGGAAGAGAAUCUAAGUCAGGUGGUCGACCACGUUGCAAUAUUAAAGAACAUGGCACUGGGCUUGAACAACAAGAUUGAAGAUCAAAACCAAAAAAUGGAUCGUGUCAAUAAUGAGAUUACAACAGUUACAAGUGAGGUUGCUGCGGCGGAAAAACAAGCCAGGAAACACCGAUAAGAGAAAUACAGAAAGGACCACCAUCCUUCCCAUCCUACAAUUUUUUUUUCUUUUUAGUUUUUUUUUUUUUUUUUUUUUUGCUUUUU